UCAGCCGCUGCCACUUUUGCUUUGGACUUGAAGUCGCGGCACUGAACUCGACUGCCAGAAUCAGCGUCAAACCGUCCAUUGGAUAGUAGCAGUGCAGACGCACGUAGCUGAGCACAAUCAACGCUUUUGGUCGCUACGGGUUCACUUCCUUCCUCUCUUCCCUUCCUCUCUUCAGGGAGGCAUGGAGCAGAGAUAUGCUAAUUGUUGGCGGUUGACAGUUAAUGAAAAAAAAUUCAUCGAAAGUUCCCUAUUAUCAGAGCUUCGAGUGGAUGGUCGUGGCUCUUUGGAGUAUCGCAAGUUGAGCAUUAAAUUUGGGAAAGAUAAUGGUUCCGCUGAGGUCCAAUUGGGUGAGACACGUGUAAUGAGUUUUGUGAGUGCUGAACUUGUGCAACCUUACAAAGAUAGGCCUAAUGAAGGUACACUUUCCAUCUUCACUGAGUUCUCUCCCAUGGCUGAUCCUUCCUUUGAGCCUGGCCGUCCUGGAGAAUCUGCCGUUGAGUUAGGACGCAUUAUAGACCGCGGUUUACGUGAAAGCAGAGCCAUUGACACUGAAUCACUCUGUGUUCUUUCUGCCAAGCUUGUCUGGGCCAUUCGCAUUGAUAUCCAUAUACUUGACAAUGCAGGGAAUCUUGUUGAUGCUGCAAAUAUUGCUGCAUUGGCUUCUCUAUCAACAUUUAGAAGAUCUGAAUGCUCGUUAGGAGGAGAGGAUGGUCAACAAGUUGUAGUGCAUCCUCCCGAGGUGCGUGAACCCCUCCCUUUGAUUAUACAUCAUCUUCCGGUUGCUGUCACCUUUGGAUUUUUCAGUAAUGAAAAUCUUGUGGUCUUGGAUCCGACCUACCAUGAAGAGGCUGUAAUGACCGGAAGUAUGACUGUAACACUUAAUGCAAAUGGCGAUGUUUGCGCCAUUCAAAAACCUGGGAGGCAAGGAAUCUUUCAAAGGGUUAUCAUGCAUUGCUUGAAACUAGCUCAUGUUAAAGCUGCUGAUAUUACAACCAAGAUAAUUGAUGCAGUUGAAAAACACAACAUUCAAAGGGAAGUACAGAAGGUUAAACGUCAUUCUAACUGUUUUACUGACUAACGAAGUGAAGACUCUGAAGGAUGCUGUCAAGCCCAACAUGAGGAGAAAAAAACAUCUUCCAAUAAUGAAAAUUAAGUGAUGAAAUUGUAGUCAGUUGAUGAUUGCUGCUAUAAUUGACAGGGCGGAAGAUUGCUAGCUCCUAUCAUGGACCGCAUGUUUAAUUAGAGCUAUUUCACUUAGGUGUGUUUGAUCUGCUAAAGAGUAUGUGUUAGAACGAUCACAAGACAAAAUAAAAUAACACAAUACAGGGCGGCACAACACAAAUCAAUCACAACUACACAAGUCAACCACAAUUGUAACUUAACAAUCCCAUUAAGUCGCAUAAGAGUAAAACAGUUUUAUUCAAAAAUAUUUCAUUACAAAACAGUGUUUCAGCUAUUUUAAUGUUUUCUUUAACUCUUAUCGUCCUUAAACUUUUCGAGGUGAGUUACAAUGUUCUACCUUUAGAAAGCCAUAAACAUGUAAUAUAUUGAGACAU